UAAUAAAAUGACGGACCAUGGACGCUGGUGUGGAAAACAACGUGAAGGCAGUCAGGAGGAGUAAAGAGGACAAGAAAGUUCUUCGUAAACAGAUUAAAGCCAGUCACACUCUGCUGAAACAUGAAGGCAUCACGACAGCAUCGCAGCCUACAAAGAGUUUGGUGGUGGCUAAUGGAGGCCUGGGGAACGGUGUUAGUCGAGAGGAGCUGUCUGCAGCGCUGAAAGAGAUGGGAGAGGUGGACACACUGAUCAUGCCCCCUCAGAAGCCCUACGCUUUUGUCACAUACAGAUCUGAGGAGAGUGCUCGGAAAGCUCACAUCCACCUCAACGGGGAAAAGCUUCAAUGCGGAGAGAGCAACGUUACACUCUACCUUAGUUACGUUGACUCAGUUACGUGUAAAGAGGAGACAGCCAUUCCUUUGCCAGAGGGAUUAGUCUUGGUGGAGGAUUUUGUGUCUCCGGAGGAAGAGAGUCUGCUGCUCGCUGCUAUUGACUGGUCAUCUACUAAUGAUGAUGUCACUGCUCAAAAAGCUCUGAAGCACAGAAGAGUCAAACAUUAUGGCUUUGAAUUUCGCUACGACAACAACAAUGUGGAUAAGGAUAAACCAUUAGCUGCAGGUAUUCCUCAGGAGUGUGUUCCUGUUCUGGAGCGAUGUGUGAAGUGCAAACACAUCAACAUCAUGCCAGACCAGCUGACUGUCAACCAGUAUGAGGCUGGACAGGGUAUUCCUCCUCACGUGGACACUCACUCUGCCUUCGAGGACACCAUCCUGUCACUGAGUCUGGGGGCAAAGACGGUGAUGGAGUUUCGUCACCCCAGUGGUCGUCUUGUUGCUGUGGUGUUGCCUGGACGCAGCCUCCUGGUGAUGAGGGGAGAGAGCAGAUACCUGUGGACCCACGGGAUAACUCCUCGGAAGUUUGACACAGUGCCGGCCUGCGACCCACAAUCCCUUGCUCAUACAACGCCUGACCUCGGGACUCACAGCAAUCUCACUCUGAGCAAGAGGGGCACCCGUACUUCUUUCACUUUCCGCAAGAUCAGACAUGAACCCUGCUGUUGUGCCUUCCCCUCUGCCUGUGACAGUCAGGGAGCUCCCUCAGCACCCUCUCCGCCGUCUCCUCCCUCACUACCCUGUUGCCAUGCCGACGCAGCCCUCCUGGAGGAGGAGUACGUGCACCGGGUGUACGACGCCAUCGCCUCCCACUUCAGCAGCACCCGGCACUCCCCCUGGCCUCGCGUCUGCGACUUCCUGUCGUCACUCCCACCUGCCAGCGUGCUGGCUGAUGUGGGCUGUGGAAACGGGAAAUACCUGGGUGUCAACCCAGAGGUGAUUGCAGUUGGCUGUGACCGUAGCAGCGCUCUUGUCCAAAUCUGUGCAGAGAGGGGUUUCCAGGCGUUCGUAUCUGAUGCUCUCAGCGUCCCUCUGCGAUCAGCCUCCUGUGACGUCUGCAUCUCUAUAGCUGUCAUACACCACUUCUCCACACAGGAGCGUCGGCUGGCAGCAGUGAAGGAGCUGGUGAGACUUCUGAAGCCUGGAGGUCGAGCGCUCAUCUACGUUUGGGCUUUUGAACAAGAGUACAACAAGCAGAAGUCCAAGUACCUCAAAGACCAGAACAAAGAGCAUCCUGAGAACCACAUCUCCACUGAGAACACACCAGGAGACAGCCAUGGACCUCGCGGGACUUAUGGCAAACUUAGCGUGCACACCAACCGCACAGCCUUCAACACCAAGGACCUGUUGGUUCCCUGGCACCUGAAAGACGGGAAGAAACGAGUGGAGGAAGAGUCAGGAGAGGGUGGGAAGAAGGAUAAGAGGAAAGAGAAGUCCAAAAAGACUUCAGGGAACACUUGCUCAGACUGUAAUUCGAGUUCCAAAUUAGACUCUACGCUUGACCCCAGUCCUGACUCCAGCAUGUCCUCUGGAUCAGGCCUUGACACCUGUGAUGCCACUCACAGCCCAGACUCCAAACCUAGUCCAAGCGGUGACACAAGCAAGACCUCUGCUCUGAAGUCUGAGAGCAGCCCAGCGCCUGUUUUUCACCGCUAUUACCACGUGUUCCAGCAGGGGGAGCUGGAGCAGCUGUGUGGUCAGGUGACUGGAGUCAAGGUGCAGAGCAGCUACCAUGAUCAGGGAAACUGGUGUGUUAUAUUAGAGAAGGACUGACACACUUAUAAUUUAGGAUGUAACUAAUUUAGUUACAUCACACAUAUUCUAACUAGUGUAAACAAAGAAUAAAUUACAGGAUCUUUUAUUUAUUAAAAUGCAAAAAGGUAAAGAGACAAG